UUUGGGGAGUUGGAAGAGGAAGAAGAAGAAACAGGAUCUCAUGAGUUAAGAGUAGGAAACCUGGAGGCUAGUAUACAUGGUUUCAGGGCUGUGUAACAGACCUCCAUAUCUGCAAACACUUCACACACAAACACUACAACCACCUCCACCCCACCCUCAGAUGCGGUUCAUGCUGCUGUUCAGCCGGCAGGGGAAGCUGCGGCUGCAGAAAUGGUACCUGGCUAUGUCAGACAAGGAGAGGAAAAAGAUGGUUCGAGAGCUUAUGCAGGUCGUCCUGGCCAGAAAGCCCAAGAUGUGCAGCUUCCUGGAGUGGAGAGACCUCAAAGUUGUCUAUAAGAGAUAUGCCAGCCUCUACUUCUGCUGUGCCAUUGAGGGCCAAGACAAUGAGCUCAUCACACUGGAACUGAUUCACCGAUACGUGGAGCUCCUGGACAAAUAUUUUGGCAGUGUAUGUGAACUUGACAUCAUCUUCAACUUUGAGAAAGCCUACUUCAUCUUAGAUGAAUUUCUGAUGGGUGGUGAUGUCCAGGAUACCUCAAAGAAGAGUGUGCUAAAGGCUAUAGAACAAGCAGAUUUACUACAGGAG